CCAUGACUCUCUCGUGGAUGGUAGGCAAUGCCGAAGACAAUCAACCCACUCCAAAAGCGAAAGUCCAGCUCGUCACCAUUCUCGGCCGCUCGACGAACGAAAUCUGGCUCUAGAGAGAACAGCGCCGCAGAAAAGCAGGCCCAACGGCUUGACGAUCAGGGCAUCGUGCGUCGCGUCCCAUUGGCAGAGGUUCCCGAAGACCUGUGUGAUCUGAUACGAUACAUCCAAGAUCAUGCCUUCGAGGAGAUACCCGAGCGAAGCGCUGGUAUGAACAGUAGGCAAAUUGCCGAAUGCCUGCAAUUUCGAAAGCGUCUUCCACCAGUGGUCUCGCUCGCUCACCUACACGCCUUGAGCUCGUCCAGCACGGAGACAGACCGUGAGCUUGCACGCCUUGCUGCACAAGGCAAGGUGCGCCGGAUCAGCAUUCCUGGUCGUGGCAAAGGCGGCUCGUCGGUCGGUGAGGCGGUGGCUCUUGUAGCAGAUUGGAAGGACAGAUUGUGGCAAGAUGAGUCGAUAGAGGAGGAGACGAAGCAGAAGUACAUGGCACUUCUGGACGACAAUCCGACAGAGCGCUCUGCUCCCGUAGCCUCACUUUCGCAGGCUGAGAAGCGAUCGCUGGUCGGAGCUGGCUUUUUGGCGAAUCCUGGCGCGUUGACAACGAGUCAUACCAGCAGUUUUGCGCGUCCGACUGGAGCUGCCGAGGGUGCAAUUGCGAGAGCUGGGUCGUCAGCUGCCACCGGCUCGCUUGCUGCGGUCGGAGGCUAUGCUGCUAUUCAGGACAGCGGAGGAGGUGGAAGCAUGCUCGCAACGAAGGAGAGUCGACUAUCCGCCGCGGCGCUGCGAACAGAAGUCAUGAUGUUCAGUCUACCCUCCAUGGGCGCCUACCUGAAGCUUAUGACUGAAGGGCGUGCGCGGUUACUUUUCUUGCUCAAGCAGCUUUCGCCGCGGUACAAGGAGGCUGCAUGGGACAUGCUCAUAGAAAAAUGGAACGGCAAUGUUCCUAACGACCCUGCGAGCAAGGCAAAACUCCUGCGGGGUGAUUGGACUGGCGUGCUGCCAGGGCAAACACGCAAGUUCCAGCAGUUUCACGGACUCGAUGGCGAGUGGUUGCUGGCUGAAUGCGUAGGGACCGGCGACCUACAGCUCUUUGAGACUGGCAGUGUAGGCGUGGCGGUUCGUGGUCUGUAACGUAAUGUUAAAUGGACCGCCUUUCCGCUACGGUGCCUGAGGCACAUACGUACGGCUAGCACUGCUGCGUACUUCUAGUCUUCUCUCGAAAUCGCAACGAUAUUCUUUCAGACUGUCAACAAAACUUCCGGUUGUCUGUCAAACCCAAUCAACAACCAUCACCCAUCAAAAUGGCGACUAUCAACCAAGUCAUGUUGAAGCUUCAAAUCGCGGAGGCAGAGCACAAUUUUGCCCAAACCAGUGGCGACUUCGAAGCUUCGAAGCUGUCGUCCGCUCGCUCGAGCAGACUGAGACAUUGCUGGCGAAAGUGACGGCCGCGGUCACGAGCGAGAAAGAGAAAGACGGUUGGCCGCCAAGAAAUGGCGACUUUUGCCACAAGUGGCCUUGUAGCACUCCUGGUUCUCUUUCAGCUCUGAUUCAUCACGCCUCAAUUUGGUCGUCUGCUGCCCUCACGAUGCGGUACGAGUACCAAUCGACCCACUCCUCUGCUUUCAAGUACGGCAGCUCAGAGUCACUGUAUUCAUCGUCACUUUCCGUGCUCUCUUCGUUCAGUUUCCUCUGUUCUACUCGGACCUGCAUCAAUCCCUCCCGCUUCAACCUGACUUUGUACUCUAUUCCUCCUCGACCAGACAUGUUCGCAAUUGCAACAUUUCUCUCCAGACGAGUGGUGUCUUCUGGUAUAAGGUAUCGGGAGGAGCGCGAAGAAGUAUCGAAGAAAACGAGGUCUGAGCAGUGUGUCUUCUCGGCCAAUUUUCGAAGGAGAACUUUUGCGGCUGCCUUGUUCGCGUCCCAGACUUUGGUGUAUACGCCUGCAAGUUCCGAUUUGCUGCGAAUGCCGGAACUGUCCUUGAAGUUGUACGUCACCGCAUAAAUGGACUGUUGCGGUCGUUUUUCCGGUUCCGGCGACGAGAGAGUUGAUAUGUCGGCUCGCUCGACGCUAGACGAAGAUCCAUUGACAGGCAGUGAGGCGGGACCUGCAACUCUGCGCUGCUUUGGACUGGGCUGCAAAGGGUCGACUAGUGGUGUGCUUGCAGCAGUGACAUCUUCCGAACGUUUUCUCUUGACCAUGAUGCCGACGGCACUUUGCAGCCCAGUGGACCAGUGGUGACGCUGUAUCUGAAGUUUGAACUUCUGAAGGAGCAGCUGGGCACAAUGCUGGAAGUGAGCCGGCGAAAUGUGGUGCAGGGUUAUCGGAAAUGGCGUUUUGACCACGGACAUGCUGCAGUAACUUUAUCUGCAACGUGAGAGCAGUGGGAGAAAAUGAGAAAAUAAUGGCCUUCCGCCUCGCUCUUGCUUCACGCCAUGUUGUCUUUUUCUUUCUCGAUCGCUCGCUGCACUUGGCCAGAGGGAGCUUGAGCUGCGCAGAAUGCUGUGGGAGUCAGCCCGCUCAGGCAGCAGAUACUCUCAUGUCGACUCGCCAUCCCC